AGAGGAGGAGGAGGAGGAGGAACUAGUAGUGGAAAAAGUUAAAGUAAAAAUGGCUUCCUUGUCUUUGGAGUCCACAGAACAAUCCGAGAACAGCUCAGACGAGCCAACGGCAGUGGACCUCAAGGAAGAGGAAGACUCGGUUCAAGUUUCGGAACAGUUACUUCAAAGUUUCCAGAAGUCGGCUCUGAGUUUUUCCACUGACCAAGUAUCAUGUCUCUGCGAGGCCCUUCUGCAGGCGGGCAAUGUGGAUCGACUAUGGAGAUUUCUAUCCACCAUACCUCCGUCGUCCGAGCUGCUACGUGGCAACGAGACCAUACUGAAGGCCCAGGCACUGGUGGCUUUCCACCGGGAGGAGUUCAAGGAGCUGUACGCCAUCCUGGAGGGCCACGACUUUCACCCGUCUAACCAUGGGUUCCUGCAGGACCUGUACCUGAAAGCCCGCUACAAGGAGGCAGAGAGGUCCCGGGGCCGCAGCCUGGGCGCAGUGGACAAGUACCGGCUCAGGAAGAAGUUCCCUUUGCCCAAAACUAUCUGGGACGGAGAGGAGACAGUGUACUGCUUCAAAGAGAAGUCACGGAAUGCACUGAAGGAGUGCUACAAAAAGAACAGGUACCCGACCCCGGACGAGAAGAAAAACCUGGCUAAAAUCACAGGACUGUCCCUCACACAGGUCAGCAACUGGUUCAAGAACCGCAGGCAGAGGGACAGGACCCCGUCCGGGACCCACAGCAAAAGUGAAUCUGAUGGAAACCACAGCACUGAAGAUGAGGCGAGCAUCAUGGAUGACACCCCAGACAAACUGGAUGAAGCUGCUGGCUCCACAGCCUCCAUCAUCUCUCUCUCUGCCGUUCCCUGCAGCACAGGAGGCCAACUCAUUCUCAAUGGGUCAAGUGGCUUCCUCACGGCCUCUCAGCCAUUAUUGCUUAAUGGGAAUUCACUUAUCUCCAGUACUGGUGCCGGUGUUAUAAUUAAUGGGCUGAGUUUGAGCGAUUGCCAGACAGUCACACUGAGUCCUAUUGCAGCCAACCCUCCUGUGAUACUCAAUGGGGCUCAGGUUAUAACCAAAUCUAAUAUGAGUGUGCAGCAGCCAUUGCAACAAGCUGUAUCUGUGGCAGAGCAGGUAUCGGCCAUUGAAGCUAAGGCGAGCAGUCUUCAAGCAUCUGUUCUUAGCACAAACAACCCAAACCCUCCAUCGAUAAUCUCUCUUCCUCUGCAAACCAAGACAGACAGUGGCAAUGCAAUGGAUUACAUCAGUCUGCAUGAAUCAGAAGGCAGCACCCACACAGUAUCCUCCUCCUCUUCUUCAUCUUUAUCCCCCUCUUCACCAAGUCUGUCCUCCCCAAACAGUGUCCCUUCACUAGUCUUGGCACAGAACACACACGAUUCCCUCACCCUCCCAGCCCCUCUGUCGUCUUCAGGCAUGGUCAUGGUCUCCAGUUCUGCUGGGCCUCUCUCCAAUCAGCACGGGGAGUAUGUUGUCUUUGCCACUGGCAGCUCCCAGUUAAAUCCUUCUAGCUCUGUGGUUUCCUCCAGCAGUACUACCCCUCAGGUCUUCUCUCUGCCCCAGGUCGUGCCUUCCAUCCAGGGUAUACCUGUGUCACAGCUGGUCCAGCACUCUUCAGGCGCACAGGUGUCCCAGUGUCCUCAGCUGGUCCCAGUAUCGCCACUCACUUCGUCAGCUCCUCAGUUUCAAAGCCCCCUGACAUUGAAUACUGGCAACAGACUGGUGCAUCAGCAGCAGGAUCAUACAUCAACUCUGCCUGCAGGUGCAACAAAUAUAGUCUCUAUUUCACAGCUCAACAACAAUCAGCUGCAACAGCGAAUGGUGCACCAACUGGGGGAACAAACCACAAACUCCACACUCAGCAAAAUCCAGCCUCCACAGGUUGUUUCCAUCUCUUCCCCAACGCAAGUAGUCCCAGUCCCUCAGCCCAAAGGUACCACACCAACACAGCUGGUUCCACUCUCAAUGCCUCAGCUGGUCCCUGUCUCCUCCAUCCAAACGUCCUCCACAAUGUCUUUCCCCCAAGUAGUGCCAGCAAGUCAUUCUCUCUCCAUCCCCUCUGCUGGUGUGCCUCUACAAAUCCUGGCUUCAGCUCCUGCACCUGGAUCAGUCACACAGGCUCCUCUGAGGAUUAACCAGCUCCGGCCCAUUCAGAAUGUGGGUCCACCAACCAGCAUGGCCCCUGGUGUGCAACUCCUUAACUCUGGAAUCAUUCAGCUGCCCUCUGCUUCUCCAGGUAACCUUCUGCUCGGUGGAAGCCCUUACCUGAGUGUCCAGCAAGGCAAGUUAAUUCUGACCAUCCCAGCCGGCAUUCAGCUCACGAGCUUGCCCCUGAAACCAGUCUCUGAAGCACCCACCAUCUCUGCUAAUGGAUUGAGCCCCGCUUUCACACCCUGCACCCUCCCUGUGGCCUCUCAGGCCUCGUCCAUGUUAGGACAAACCCCCAGUGGAAUCACGUUAUCUCCUCUUAACUUCAUCAACUCCUCUCCACCAUACUAUACUCCAGAAACUGGGCUUUUAACCAGCCAGACACCUGUCACCCCCACCCCUCAUACGCUGGACCAUUCAGUCACCUCCACACUGCCAAACACUCUGACUCCAGAAAGCAUGCUCACCCUCAGUCCCAUGUACAGUGGAAUCACAUCCACCGCCCAUGUGACCCAGCCAGCAUGGAGUCCCGUGCCCCUCUCCACGUCAGCCAGUUUAACUCUGUUUGAUGUCCGUGGAAAGGGGGACCUUCCUGUAGACCCGGGUUUGUUAGGCCUCCCUGGUGGAGAGUCGCUGCUUCUGGGAAGCCCUUCACCAGAGCAGGAUGUGGAAACCAGCUCGCCACUGGGGGAUCCAGACGAGAUGGACGGAGACUCCAAGAUCCUUACUCAGCUCCAGUCUGUCCCUGUGGACGAUGAGCUGGGCUUGUAAAAACCACGUAGCAACCCUGUGUGUCUGGAAACAAAACCAAAACAAAUGCUGCAACAACCAAAAGGUUAUAGACUCUGCCUUUUUAUUUUUUUGUUUUCAUUAAUCUGAAUGAUUUCAUUUCAUUGUCAACUCUCCAUGACUUAAAUGCAGACCUGGAGCCAUCAUGGUCUUAGCUGGCACUUAUGAGUCAAACUCUCUGCAGCUCUAUUUUACAUCGAUAUGCAGAAUCAUAUGGGAUAAUCAACUCUGGUUGAACAUCAGACUAUUCUUUUUUUAUUAUAGGAUUUUUUUAUUUUAUUUUUAAUAAAACCGUAUGUGCCUUACCUGUUUUAUUGUAUUCAGACAGAAUCACUAACUUGCAUUAGUGUGAUGGCCCUGUUACAGAUCCUGGUGUUUUAAAACAUUAUACGAACCGCCAUGAUUCUGCCUUCUCUCCAAUCUUCUUUGUACUUUUGUGGACUGCGUACAAAGUUCAGCUGUCCUUGGAAAAAAGAUGCGUGGUGGUUUGUACUGGAGGUACAGCAGCAGCACACUGAGGAUCCACCACAAUUACUACACAGUGCUGACUAUCUGGCUAAGGGACAAGUCCUGAAACACUUGCCUGUCUGUCUGUCCAGAGAUUCAGGAGUUUGGGUUUUCGUUUUGUUGCUCAUGGCCUGAAUGUGUUCUACCAACACUCCAGGAAUAUGGUGACAUUUGUGUUCCUCACAAACGGAAGUGAGUUAUGUUGUUUUCUUCAGCUAUGAAUGACAUAAUAGCCUCAGUGGCUACACAGUGUUUUAUUACUACAUGUUACUGAAGCCUUUGUUUUACACAUGCAGCCUCCUCACAGCUUUCACCAUGAGGAUGGUGCCCUAUGUUAGUUAAAAAAAAAAGAAUAUAUAUAUAUAUAUAUACCACAGGAAAUAAAAGGGUUUAUACUCUAUGCAAUGCAUGUUUUAGUACUUUAUAGGACACUAGUGGCACAAUGGUGAGUGAGAGGCAGUGGCCUUGGGAGAUGAAAAGGAGCUUUGAAAUACUGAGCUUUUAACUGAAGUGAGACAGUGCAUCACACUAAAAAUAUUGUACUGUGAUCCCACGACGUGACACGUUGCUGGUAAAUGCAUCCAAAAUAUGUUUGUGCAUUUGAGGGCCUUAUUUUUGAAAGCUUAAAUGUUUGACGAUAACGAAAAAAAAAAAAGAGGUUUUGGCAUUUUUUUUAGAAAUUUCCCACGUCUGUGACAAGUGAAGCGUAAUGUGACAGCUUUGGUUGUGUAGCGAAAGCUCAAUCUCCUCUUCUCUUUGUAUAUUUUGCACAUUUCGUCCACACAAUGUUUACGCCGUGUUGCCAUGAUGUUAUGACAGUGGUACAAGUUAUGUCCAGAACGUUUCUCAGUUGGAUGGUCAUAGUCGCUACAUCCAAGAAUAAGCAAUGACAUGAAACAGAACAGAUUAGUUUCUGAAGUGAAAACUUUUUUUUUUUUCUUUUCUUUUUUUUCAGUUUAAAGCUAAAAUGCUUGUCAUGUUUGAGAUUUCUACUGUCAUAAGUCAGGUAGUGGUCAAAUCUUUGGCCAAUUAUGGUACAAAAAAUAUACUUCAAUGUUCUGUUUAGUUACAAUAACAGCCUGUUUGUUUUGUUUUCUUUGGUAUGUUUGUUGUUUGUCUCUUUUGUGCAUUUUAUCUAUUUAAAGCAUGUAUAAUUCCGUUUUGUGCUUGUAUUGUUUCUUUGUUUUAACUGAAAGGAGUCCUUAAAGGGGUGAAGAUGAUAGGAAAUGAUAUUCAUUUUCACUUCAUAUUGUUGUGCAAACUGAUGUGUUACAUGAAUUUGACGUCAUUAAUACUCACUUUGAAAUGAAUCACCCCUCCAGUAUAAGUUGGAAGGGCAGUUGUUCCCGGUUGCCUUUGGAUAGAUAAUUAAAUGGCUCAGACAAAUCAAUUUUAGAUUUAAUUUUACUGAACUUUUUAAUCAGUGAGGGGGGAAAAGGGAAAUGUGCUCUUCAUAUAUGAAAAUGUGGUAACUUUUUUCUGUUCAUAUGAGCCAUUUCGUGCCAAAGUAUGUUGUUGAUUACAGCCAGUGAGGGUACAUGCACAUUUGCUGCCCUGUCUGUUUUGUAGCAUGGCAUUUGUUUUUGUUUUUUUACUCUCCUUCCUGACAUAUAACGGUGUAACCAAAGAUAUUGUGUUUUGAUCAAUGUUUGUCUUUUGAUAGUUUUGAAAGGGAUGAUUUGUGUCUGUUAUUCAAGGUUUUUUUUUCUUCUCAUUUUUAUAUUAAAAUGCAUUCUAUUUUUUAUAUUAUGAUAUUGUAAUAAACUACAUUU